AGCAGGAACAAAAUCUCUAAAAGGCACAGCGGUUUGGGGCAUUUACUAAAAGACAAAGAGCCCUCCUCAGGCUACGAGUGAGACGCCCCGCAGGAGACCCGACCCCAUGGCCUCCUGGAAGAGCCCCUGGUGGCUGCUAAUGUGGCUGAUCUUCAUGCACUCUGCCCUCCUGCAGACCACAGCAGAGAAGUCUCCUGGGGCCUACUUCCUUCCUGAGUUUGCACUUUCCCCUCAGGGGAGUUUUCUGGAGGACACAACUGGGGAGCAGUUCCUCACAUAUCGCUAUGACGACCAGACCUCAAGAAACACUCGUUCAGAUGAAGAGAAAGAUAGCAACUGGGACGCUUGGGGAGACUGGAGUGACUGCUCGAGGACUUGCGGGGGAGGAGCCUCAUAUUCUCUGCGGAGAUGUUUGACUGGCAGGAAUUGUGAAGGGCAGAAUAUUCGAUACAAGACUUGCAGCAAUCAUGACUGCCCUCCAGAUGCAGAGGACUUCCGAGCCCAGCAGUGUUCAGCCUACAAUGAUGUUCAGUACCAGGGACGUUAUUAUGAAUGGCUUCCACAGUACAACGACCCUGCCGCCCCCUGCGCGCUCAGGUGUCAGGCCCGGGGACAGAACUUGGUGGUGGAGCUGGCACCCAAAGUCCUGGAUGGGACUCGGUGCACCGCUGACUCCUUGGACAUGUGCAUCAGUGGCAUCUGCCAGGCAGUGGGCUGCGACCGGCAACUGGGGAGCAACGCCAAGGAGGACAACUGUGGUGUCUGUGCUGGUGACGGCGCCACCUGCAGGCUGGUGCGGGGACAGUCAAAGUCACACGUGUCUCCUGAAAAAAGGGAGGAAAAUGUAAUUGCUGUUCCUUUGGGAAGUCGAAGUGUGAGAAUUACAGUGAAAGGACCUGCACAUCUCUUUAUUGAAUCAAAAACACUUCAAGGAAGCAAAGGAGAGCACAGCUUUAACAGUCCUGGAGUUUUUGUUGUAGAAAACACAACAGUGGAAUUUCAGAAGGGCUCAGAGAGACAAACCUUUAAGAUUCCAGGACCUCUGAUGGCUGAUUUCAUCUUCAAGACCAGGUACACUGUGGCUAAGGACAGUGUGGUCCAGUUCUUCUUCUACCAGCCGAUCAGCCAUCAGUGGAGACAAACUGACUUCUUUCCCUGCACUGUGACGUGUGGAGGAGGGUAUCAGCUCAAUUCUGCUGAAUGUGUGGAUAUCCGCUUGAAGAGGGUGGUUCCUGACCAUUAUUGCCAUUACUACCCUGAAAAUGUGAAACCAAAACCCAAACUGAAGGAAUGCAGCAUGGAUCCUUGCCCAUCAAGUGAUGGAUUUAAAGAGAUCAUGCCCUAUGACCACUUCCAGCCUCUCCCUCGCUGGGAACAUAACCCUUGGACUGCAUGUUCAGUGUCCUGUGGAGGCGGGAUUCAGAGGCGGACCUUUGUGUGUGUGGAGGAGUCCAUGCACGGAGCGAUACUUCAGGUGGAAGAAUGGAAGUGCAUGUACGCGCCCAAGCCCAAGGUGAUGCAAACCUGCAAUCUGUUUGACUGUCCCAAGUGGAUCGCCAUGGAGUGGUCUCAGUGCACAGUGACUUGUGGCCGAGGGUUACGUUAUCGAGUUGUGCUGUGCAUCAACCACCGUGGACAGCACGUUGGUGGCUGUAACCCACAACUGAAGUUACACAUCAAAGAAGAAUGUAUCAUUCCCAUCCCCUGUUAUAAACCAAAAGAAAAAAGUCCAGUGGAAGCUAAAUUACCUUGGCUGAAACAAGCUCAAGAACUAGAGGAGACCAGAAUAGCAACAGAAGAACCAACGUUUGUUCCGGAGCCCUGGUCCACCUGCAGUGCCACAUGUGGGCCAGGUGUUCAGGUGCGAGAGGUGAAGUGCCGCGUGCUCCUGACCUUCACGCAAACUGAGACUGAGCUGCCAGAGGAAGAGUGUGAGGGCCCCCGGCUGCCCACAGAGCGGCCCUGCCUCCUGCAGCCCUGUGAUGAGAGCCCUGCCACCCGAGAGCUGGCCGCCUCCCUGCAGGAGCAGGACAGUGAGACGACCUACGACUGGGAAUACGCUGGCUUCACCCCCUGCACCGCCACCUGUUUGGGAGGCCAUCAAGAAGCCAUUGCAGUGUGCUUACACCUUCAGACCCAGCAGACAGUCAAUGACACCUUGUGUGAUAUGGUCCACCGCCCUCCGCCGAUGAGCCAGGCUUGUAACACAGAGCCCUGUCCGCCCAGGUGGCACAUGGGCUCUUGGGGACCCUGCUCAGCUACCUGUGGUGUUGGCAUCCAGACUCGAGAAGUAUACUGCCUGCACCCUGGGGAGUCCCCCUCCCCCCCUGAGGAAUGCAGAGAUGAGAAGCCCCAUGCCUUACAAGCAUGCAACCAGUUUGACUGCCCUCCUAGCUGGCAUAUUGAAGAGUGGCAGCAGUGUUCCAGGACCUGCGGAGGGGGAACGCAGAAUCGCAGGGUCACCUGUCGGCAGCUCUUAACGGAUGGCAGCUUCUUGAAUCUCUCCGAGGAACUGUGUCAAGGACCCAAGGCCUCAUCCCGUAAGUCCUGUGCCAGGACAGACUGUCCUCCACACUGGACUGUGGGAGACUGGUCCAAGUGUUCUGUCAGUUGUGGUGUUGGAACCCAGCGGAGACAGCAGAUGUGCCAGAAGCUGACUGCCAAAGGCCGUCGGGUCCCCCUCAGUGAGACGCUGUGCCGGCAUCUUUCUGGACCUCCUCUGGUGAGAUCUUGCCAGAUGCCUGUGUGCAGGAAAAUGAAACCAGAGAUGAAGGCCAGACUCGGGGAGCAGGGUCCUCAGAUCCUUGGUGUCCAGAGAGUCUACAUCCAGACAAGGGAAGAGAAACGCAUUAACUUGACCGUCGGGAGCAGAGCCUAUCUGCUGCCCAACACAUCUGUGAUCAUUAAGUGCCCCGUGCGACGAUUCCAGAAAUCUCGGAUACAGUGGGAGAAGGACGGGCGUUGUCUGCAGAACUCCAAGCGACUUGGCUUCACAAAGUCAGGCUCACUGAAGAUUCACAGCCUUGCAGCCCUCGACAUUGGUGAGUACCGGUGCAUCGCCGGCCCCGCACAGGAGACCGUGGUGCUUAAGCUCAUUGGUACCGACAACCGGCUCAUUGCACCCCCAGCCCUUGGAGGGCACACCAGGGAAUAUCCUAGGAUGGACAACAACGAGGCCAGUAAUCUCGGAGCCACAUGGCAUAAGAUGAGGCUGAUGUGGAACAACAAAAAUGAGCUUUAUCUGCACAAUGGCCAAAUUAACAAUCAGUCUCUCUUGAGAGCUCUGUUGGGCCACUGCAGCCCUUCUGCAGGAAAUGCCAACUCCUGGGAAUUUGAGAACAAGCAGUUUGAAGCAGCAGUUAAACAGGGAGCCUAUAGCAUGGAGACCGCCCAGUUUGAUGAAUUGAUCAGGAACAUGAGCCAGCUCAUGGAAACAGGGGAGAUCAGCGAUGACCUGGCAUCCCAGGUGAUAUAUCAGCUGGUGGCCGAGUUAACCAAGGGGCAGCCUGCACAUGCGCACUGGAGGGGCAUCCCUGGAGAGGCACUUCCCACGGCUCAGCUAAGGGGGGAGACUGGAAGUGUGCCCCAAAGCUCGAACUCCAAAAACUCAGGCAAGCUGACAUUCAAGCCGAAGGGACCUGUCCUCUUGAGGCAGAGCCAACCCACCUCAAUUUCCUUUAAUAAAACAGUAAAUUCAAGGAUUGGAAAUACAGUCUACAUUACAAGAAGGACGGAGGCCAUCAACAUACUGUGUGAGCUUGUCACCCCCAGUGAGGCCACCUAUACGUGGACCAAGGAUGGAGCACUGUUACAGCCCUCAGAAAGAGUCAUUUUGGAUGGAAUGGGGAAAAUACAGAUACGGAAACCUACAAAGAAAGACCAAGGAACAUAUGGAUGUGCUGUAGCUAAUCAUCUCGGUUCAGAUGUGGAAAGUUCUUCUGUGCUGUAUGCAGAGGCACCUGUCGUCUUGUCUGUUGGAAGAAACAUCACCAGACCAGAGCAUGGCCAUCUCUCUGUUGUGAUUGGCAGCUUCGUGGAGGCACCCCUGCAAGCAAAUGUGACCAUACAGUGUCCUGUAAAAGAUUCUUAAGACUUAACCUGAGCCUGUGCAUCCCCAAACUGAGAUCAAUAUUAUAAACUCCUCAAAAUGAAGAUCUACUGUUUUAAGGUGGCCUUGCAUACGCCUAUUAUUGACUGUGCAUUGAUUAAAUUAUCUGGAGAGAACUGUAUUUGCCUGGUUUCCACAUUCUUUGGGGGUACCUGUAGUUGCAGCCACUUAAGAUGAAUCUCGCCAAGGCCAGAGAGCCCAGGGUAACCCGAGGAGCCCUUAACUGCUGGUCCGGGUACCACAGAAAAGGUGCAUGUGAUGGCAGGAUUCUAGAGCACAGCCUUGCAGCUCUGAGGCUCUGCCUCCCUGUGAUAGUCAGUCGCUUACCUGUCACGUUUCUGGAAGGGCACCUCCGGCUUCACCGACAGUGGGAAUUUGCUCACCCCGCGGUAUUAGUUUUCACCCCUUGUAAGUCCCUGCAGUGCUUGAAGUCCUCACCCGGACUUUUGAAAGAUCCCUCCAGCCGCCCAGCUGACCCCACCCGGAAAUAUGUGAGUUUUCUGGCGAAACACACCCACCAUUGUAGAAGGGCCAGCAUUCUCUGGCCACAGCAAGGAGGAAAGCAGAACGGAACUUAGCAGUUUGCCAAGCCACACAU